UUGUUUACUGCGCGACCGAACCAUCUAUUUUACCGAACUGUUUCAAUACUAAUUUCACAGAUGAUCGAAUUGCCGUACCAAGAAUUAGGUUUCCGAAUGGUCGUGAUACUGCCUAACGAAGUGGACGGUUUGUCGUCAGUUCUGGAAAAGGUGGCCGAGAAGGGUCUUUUAGACGACGUGUUCGCUUUGAGCCUAGCGGGAAGGGAAAUCAACUUGUACUUGCCUAAAUUCGAAGUUAGGAGUAAACUGGACUUCACUCAGAUAUUGCCCAAGCUGGGAGUGAGCAGAAUAUUCAGUGAUGGAGCCCCGGGAAUAGUGAAGGAGCGCGAGGUUGCCGUCUCGAAAUUUUUCCAAGAGGCCAUCGUGAAGGUCGAUGAAGAAGGUGCUACUGCGGGAGCAUUUACUGGAGCCAUUGCAGUACCAAUGUCCUCCAACUCUAAGCCACCAGAACCUAUGGAUUUUAUAGUUGACCAUCCUUUCUUAUUUGCUAUUCUACAUGAAGACGUGGUACUCUUUACCGGUAUCUAUACCCACUAA